GUAAACGUCUGAACAGGAUUUAUUAAACCGAGAAAGAUUUUUUUCCGGAAGUUUAUCCUGCGGUCUGUGUGCGCCUUGUAAAUUCCUAAAAGAGUAAUUUGGUAUCAAUGGGUCGCCGAAAGUCAAAGCGAAAGCCUCCUCCCAAGAAGAAAAUGACGGGAAACCUGGACACCCAGUUUACCUGCCCGUUCUGUAACCACGAGAAAUCCUGCGACGUUAAAAUGGAAAGAAGUCGAAACACGGGUAUCAUAUCCUGUACCGUGUGCUUGGAGGAGUUCCAGACUCCCAUCACCUAUCUCUCAGAACCUGUGGACGUCUACAGUGAUUGGAUCGAUGCUUGUGAAGCAGCCAAUCAGUAGCUUAUCUCCUAGGGUCAGAGGUCAUAGAAGACUUAAACGACCCUGUGCAAAACUUCAAGGUGUAUUUUUCUAUGAUGAAAUGUAUCCUGUAAGAUCCAGUUUGUCUCCUGAAGGAUAGGAAUCUUUUUCAGUCAUAUGUAGUCAUGGUGUUGCCAUUUAUUGGUGUUACACUAUGUAGAAACUCCAAGGAAUAUUCGGUGAGUUUGGAAGUGGUGCAUUUGAUAAUACCUGAUUGGACCCAUGUUUUUCAUUUGAGAAUUUGUGAACUUUUAGUUUAUGAACUUCUUAGUUAGUGUUUAGGUUUUUAUAUGUUUGAUGAUCAGUCAAGUUAAAUGUCAAUAAAUUGUAUCUUCCUUCUAAGGAAGUUUGUGGUGAAAUAA